GCGCCUGCGAAGAGCCUCGGUAAAAGUGGUGCUGAAGAGCCUGGCGCUGAAGAGGGCCGCGGUGCUGCAGGAGGUGGCCCGGGAGCUGCUGAGGAACAUGUAUGUGGCUGCGGGGUACGUGGUGGACGCUGCCCCGAGCCCCGUCUGCCCGGUGGUUUGCGUGGAGGUCCUCGCUCUAGAUCCCCCCGCAGAGGAAGCCGGCCUCGUCACCGCCAAGACGAGCAUCCACGUGAAAGAAGUAGUCACCCUAGAGCGGCAUCGGCUUUCCUCACAGGCCGCCCAAAAGGUUUGCGUGGCAGGGCUGGACGACGUGAGCAGGUCACUGAAAGAAAUCGUGGAUUGGCCUUUGCGUUUCCCCCAGACCUUCCAGAAGCUGGGCUUUUCGGCCCCCCCUGGCGUGCUGCUGGUGGGCCCUCCCGGGGUGGGCAAGACUCUUCUGGUGAAGGCCCUUGCCAGGGAAGUGGGCGCCUGUCUGCUCUGCAUCAGUGGCCCGGCUGUUUGCGGCUCCAGGCCCGGAGAAAGCGAAGAGAAUUUGCGAGCAGUUUUUGAACAAGGCAGACAGAUGUCACGUGAAGGGCCGACCCUUCUCUUCAUCGACGAGAUUGACUCUUUGUGCCCAAGACGAGGAAGUGCGAACAGUGCUCCUGAAAAUCGUGUUGUCGCUCAGUUGCUAACGCUUAUGGAUGGCAUAGGUGGGGAAAAUAAGAUGGUCAUUAUGGCAGCAACAAAUAGGCCUGAUGCUGUAGAUCCAGCACUGAGGAGACCUGGCAGAUUUGACCGAGAGGUUAUCAUUGGGACGCCAACACUUAAGCAGAGAAGGUCUAUCCUACAGUUGAUUACUUCUAACAUGCCUGUCUCUACUGAUGUUGAUUUGCUUAACCUGGCAGAAAUAACGACUGGAUAUGUUGGAGCUGACCUUACAGCACUCUGCAGAGAGGCUGCCAUGCAGGCUGUCUUCCGCUGCUCUCAGAUGGAUUUGGAUCAGAUUUGGAUUAAUACAGCAGAUUUCUGUGAAGCUUUCCGAAAGAUUCAACCAUCCUCCUUUCGAAGUGGUAUUGGACUAACAGACUUCAGACCUGUUACCUGGGAACAAAUCGGCGGUCUUGAGGAUGUGAAAUUGAAGUUAAAACAGAGCAUAGAGUGGCCUAUGAAGUUCCCUCAGGCUUUUGUUAGGAUGGGACUGUCUCAUCCAAAGGGUAUCCUCCUUUAUGGGCCAUCAGGAUGUGGCAAAACCACACUGGUAAAGGCUGUGGCCACAAGCUGCCAUUGUUCCUUUCUUUCUGUGAGUGGCGCUGACCUUUUUUCACCUUACGUUGGAGACUCAGAGAAGAUUUUGGCCCAGGUUUUUCGCCAAGCAAGAGCAAAUGCUCCAGCAGUAGUAUUCCUGGAUGAGAUUGAUUCUAUCUUAGGAUCUCGGUCACUCUGCAAAUCUGGACAUGGUGUCCCAGAGAGGGUUCUUUCUGCCCUUCUCAAUGAAUUAGAUGGUGUUGGCCUGAAAGUCACAGAGAGAAGAGGAAGUUAUAAACAGCUCGAGGGUGAAUGUCAAGAGCAAAAUGAAAAAGAGCAAGAGCUAGAGUUUCAAGAAGUUUUGAACACAGAUGUUAUGAUAGUUGCUGCAACGAAUAGACCAGACAUGUUGGAUGAUGCCUUGUUGCGCCCUGGAAGGUUAGACAAAAUGAUCUAUAUUCCACCACCAGAUCAGAAGGGAAGGCUUUCUGUUUUCAAAAUCUGCACUGAAAAAACUCCACUGGCUUCAGAUGUGUCAUUAGAAGACUUGGCAGUCCAAACUAAACUUUUCUCUGGAGCUGAUAUUGGAAAUCUCUGCAAGGAGGCUGGCUUGUUGGCAUUACAAGAGAAUGGACUUGAAGCAACCGAAGUGAAACACGAGCACUUCAUAAAAUCACUGAAGAUUGUAAAACCAUCAUUAACCCUCAAAGAUUUAGAUUUUUAUGGAAAAUUUUAUAAACAGGAGUUACCAGCUUAAAUCAAAAACACUGGAUAUAACAAAAGAAUUUCUGGAAUAUGAAAUGCAUGUUUUAUAAAUGAAUGAUUUUGUAUGAAUUUUUUUUUUUAAUGAAAUUCAAAGGAAGAAAACUUUCUUAGGUUCAGUUUUCUUAGGUUCAGCAUUGUGAUGCAUGCAGAAAGGGUUUUAAAUGUCUGUUCUGCUUACUUUUUACUUUACAAAUUUAAGUUGUUUUCCUGACUUUAAGGAAUUGUUGAGGUCUUCACAUAUACUAUAUGUGGAAAACUGUUUAAAUGAAGGAAUAGGAACAUUAGCAAAGAUUUGUUUUACUUGGAAUCAGCAAACUUAUUUGAGAAGCAAUUUUUAUUCAGACUGUCUUAUCUCAAAUCCAGAUAACUACUUGUACUGUGAUUCCGUCACAAUUUUACCCCCUCCCCAGUGGUCCAUAGAUUGUGUAGGGGGAAAAUUAACCUUUCAGGCCAUACUUACCCUGCAUUAAGGAAGUGAACAUAGACACAAACUUCAUUUUCUUUUGCCGUUUACCUUUUCCACAAAGGUAUGUGUAAUUCAUCACUUAAAAUCUGAAUUUUUCCCAAUGGACUGAUGCUUACAUUAAACCCGACCUUUGUAUUCCUUGCUUUUUAUAUUGUAUUUUUAUAUUGUUUAUAUAUAAUACCACUUUUAUUUUUGAAAGACUUGCUUUAUAUUUUAACAUUUUUUUUGUAUUAUAUCUUAAGUUAACUCAUGUCUUAUUACCAAACAGUUUGUUUCUAGUUUCCUUCUUGACAUCUUUUAUUGAUAGGAAAUAAACAAGUGGAAUACUUGCUUAAUAUUUGGAUACCUUUAUACAAUAGCUACCACAAACUAUUCCCUGUCCCAGGUCCCUUUGAUCCAUAAUCUAGUCUGAAAUGUGUAAGCCUUUCAUAAACGAAGUAGUCUUUUUCUAGUACUAAAGGACUAUCCUUUAUGACGGGCUCUUUCUUAGGCUAUGGCUUGUCUUGAAAACAUAUAGAAGUACCUCUUAGAGUAAUCCUCUAGAACUUAGUAAAUUUUCCAAAUGGAGUGAGAGUGGGCAGCCACAGCCUCACUUUUGCUUGGUGCAUUACAUCGUCCUCUCCUACGAAGACUGCUUUCUUGUUGACAGCUUCUAAAUUCAAGCCAUUCAUCAAAACAAGGUGAAAUUAAUAGGUGUAUUGAUCAAUACCUGCGGAGGUUAAAUAGGCGGUUCAAUAAAGAGAAACCAUGGGUGUUUGAUAUCUGAACUAAUUUACUUUCAGCCCUUGAGCAAUUCACCCAUAUCAUCUGCAAAGGUUACUAUGCAAAAAAUCUGGUCUUCAGGUGGCCUGUGCCCCACUCCCUGUCCUAUUCUGGCCCCUGGCGUGCUACUUGCUGUCCUCUGAGGAAGUAGAGCAAGGAUUGAUCCAUACACCUGACCUUGUCAGGCAUUGCUGCUUUGGAGUGGAGAUGCACGUACCCGUGCCCAGGUAGCACUCUGCACUGGGUUGCCCUACCAGGACCAGCGGGGAGGGUGCUCAGAUUGGCCAUGUAGUCCCUCCUGGCUGCAGGGGGUAACUAGGGAAAACCAGCAGCCAAGUAAGACUGCCCCCCCUUCUUCCUUCUUGCUACUUCCCCAUAGCACCAGGCCCAGCUGAGAAACACUCAGCCUUUGCCUCUACCUACAGCCAGCGAGAAGAGUCCCUGAAGGGUAACAGGGAGGGGGCACCUGAGCUGAGCAGGGCCGCCCAAAGGGUUUAUGGGCCCUGGGGCAGGUGUGAUGUUGGGGGCACCACCACUGCCCCCUACAAGGACCCAUGUGUGUGUAUACAAAGCUGGGGUGCAAGAAUUUUUGUGUGCACACAUUAUGUGAGAAGUCUCAUGUGCGGCUGCUCCUUCCCUUGCCCUGGGAAGCGGCAACAAGCGGGCUUUCCCCACUUGUUCCUGGGGCAAGAAGGGCUAGGUAGAGAGAAUUUACCUUGGAGACAGAUUACUAAAGCAAAAUGACAUUAACAGUUUGCAAGUGAAACACUUAUUAAACUUAUGCUAUAAAGUUAGGAACUUAAGAACAAAAUGAAAAGAGGAAAGUUUAAAGUAAAGUAUUUCUUUCUUGCCUUCAUGGAUGCCAAGUCAUCAAUCACAUCAUCAAAAUUUAUUUAUUAUAAUUUAUUUGCUUUGCAAGUACAUGCUCCACUGACAGCAUGAUCAAAUGGUUCAGCCUGUCUUCCCCAAUCACUGACUGCAGGUAGUUCUUAAUAAUCUUAAGCUUACUAAAAGUGCGUUCCCUGGAUGCAACAGACUGGCAAGGCAAUGAGCAUUCUCAAGCAAAUGCAUAUCUGAGAGAACACAGAUUUUACACCUGUGCCAUAAAUCCAGUUGAGAAGCUCAAGUGCAAUGCCCAUGGCUCCUCCAGAAGCGCACAAUAGGGGUGUCCAAAGCAGGCCUUAUUUGAUUCAGAUUUAGCCUGAAUCAG